CAGGGGGCGCCAAGGAGCCGGGGGGACCCGGGCUCCCGCCUGGAGGCUGGGGCUCGGAGGAUGCAGCAGGGAGAAGCAUUAGCUGCAUGCAGAAGAGCAGCACCUACAUGGGAGUCUCUGCCUUCAACGGUUCCAGAACGCUUUUGCUGACUAGUUGAGAAAAUGCAGAAGAUCUUGCAGACAGAUGAAAUUACCGAUAACCAAGUUCUUAGAAAAAGAAAGAGGAAACGGACAGAGACAGUGAACUCAGAAAAUGCAAAUAGUGCCAUGGAUAAAGCACAGAGAGACCCAUAUUCAGGAAAUGCCUUCCUGCCUGGUGAGAGCUCCAGUGAUGAUGAAACUCCCUUAGCAGAACUGUCCAAGGAGGAACUUUGUACCAAAAUCAAAAACCUGAAAGAGAAACUAACCAACAUCCGAAAGGAGAACAGCCGGCUUCGACAGUCUUUGGUCAUGCUACAAGUGUUACCACAGGCAGUCACCCAGUUUGAAGAACUGGUUGGAAUGGCAGAGACCCUGCUUAAGGGUGGAGGAGCCGUGUCCACACCUGCGUCUACUCUCUGGAGAGCAACGAACAACUCCUCCCCAGACUCCUUUGCCUCUCUGUGCAGUAAUUCCAACUCUAGCUCCAGCUCCCCAAGUUCCCUGAAGGCUGAGGAAGAGCAGCCUCCUGGUGAGAAGCAGUUCAAGAUUGAAAAAUGGCAGAUUGCCCGUUGUAAUAAGAGCAAGCCUCAGAAAUUUAUUAAUGAUUUAAUGCAAGUGCUUUACACAAAUGAAUACAUGGCCACACACAGUCUGACUGGGGCAAAAUCCUCUACUUCAAGAGACAAAGUUGUAAAACCAGCUAUGAAUCAGAAUGAAGUUCAAGAAAUCAUAGGAAUAACCAAACAAGUAUUUCCCAGCUCGGAUGAUAUUUCAAUCAGAAGGAUGAUAGGACAAAAACUGAAUAACUGCACCAAGAAGCCAAAUGUGAGCAAAACUCUUCACUCUCAGGAUAUUAAGUAGCUCCUAAUGGUAUCUUAAAAUAAAGCAUGUUUGGUCUCAUGUCAAGCAUUGGAUUUUGCUGGAGAAUCUGAGACACAUCAGAGACCAUCUGUACGGCAUCUGUAGUGCCCAUGGCUUUCCUGGUGGGGCAAAAGGACUGGCUGAAGAAGCUGCAUGCAGAGUCCAUACUAACCACUAGUGAUGCAUCAAAACAGAGAAUGUCUGUCAAACAAGCAUGCAACAUGAUUUCUUUGGAAAUAUGCAUUUCUCACAGCCCCAAAUACUUCCCUGUACAACCAACUUAAGAUAAUAUAAGCCCUUAUCAUAGCAACAAAAACAUCUACCCUCCAUAUUGGUCAAUGCCCUCCCCAAACAUGUGUAUAAUUACUGUGCUGUUUGUUUGGUUUUUUUUUUACAUUCAUCAAGCACAUGCUUGGUAAAAAUACAAUGGAAAUAAUACAUUUUUACAAAUACAAAAGGAGUAAAGAGAGCCUAAGGGAUGAUAACCAAGUCUAACCAAGUAAUGAUGAUGUAACAUUAAAGUGAAACAGGAUAAUGGAAAAAAUAUAUAUAUGUAAAAGUCUUUUCAGUAUUAAACUAUGCCAACAAAAUCCUAAAAGCCCCAAAUCCCAUUUUUGUUUGUUAAAAUGAUGCCCCGAUUUUUAGAAUGGGCUCUUUGUGGAGCAGACAUGACUCUCAAUACUGUUAAACAUCAGAAUCACCUAAAGUGCACGUAGGACAUAUUACAUCGUGUUUGAUCAGCUGUGAUGCUAAACUGCUUAAUUUUAACAUGUUUAUUUCCACUGUAACAGAAGGAAAAUAAAUUUUAAAAAUGCUGUUUAAUAAUGGCACAGAAAAAAGUCAUUUUGUAAAUCAACAAAAGAUAAAAUAUUCUUCAAAGACUUUUCACUUGAUGGCAGAUCACCUGAUUACUUUGCAAUGUGAAGCUGUCUUUCCUUCUUUCUUUCCUUCCUUCCUUCCUUCCUUCCUUCCUUCCUUUCUUUUUCUUUCGAGGCAGGGUUUCUCUGUGUGGCUCUGGCUGUUCUGGAACAAACUCUGUAGACCAGGUUAGCCUUGAACUUGGAGAUCUGCCUGCCUCUGCCUUCCAAAUGCUGGGAUUGAAGGUGUGUGCCACCAUGUCUGGCAAAACUCUGCUUCUUGAAUGUGUAAAGUGAUGUUGAAGCCUGGAAAGGGGAAUUCCUAAGGUGCAGUGCAGUGGACCCAGAGAAUACUCUCUCUAAACAUUGCUUGGUAACAGUGCGGUUGUACAAAACAGAUAUUCUCAAUGAAAUAAAUUAUGCAACAUUUGCUACUUUUAAUUAAAUAAAAUUAAACUCCAUUAAAAACUAA